CCACUCCAUCAUCGCCCAUAACUCAGUACUCUCCCAACCGAUAACCAAAGAUUAUCACCCGCAAUCUCCUCAUGUCGCAGGUGAAUGAGAAGGCUCCCGAAGUCAAGCCUACGACGGCCACCGAAGAAAAGACUGAUCCAUCUGUGAAGAAAACUUCCUCUGGAUCAAGCUCCUCAGAUGCCCAAUCUGGAACAGCAUCUGCCAUACCAUCUAUGCCAGGAGCUGGAUUUCCUGCAAAUCCUUUUGAUUUCUCAUCUAUGGCUGGUCUACUUAAUGACCCAAGUGUAAAGGAAUUAGCUGAACAAAUAGCAAAAGAUCCGUCAUUCAACCAAAUGGCAGAGCAACUCCAGAAGACCUUUCAUGGUGGUGAAGGAAGUGCCCCACAGUUUGAUUCGCAACAAUAUUAUUCCACCAUGCAGCAGGUUAUGCAAAACCCUCAAUUCAUGUCCAUGGCUGAACGUCUUGGUACUGCUUUGAUGCAGGAUCCGUCAAUGUCUCAGAUGCUUGAGAGUUUAUCUAAUCCAGCUCAAAAGGAUCAGCUUGAAGAACGGAUGGCACGCAUCAAAGAAGAUCCAUCCUUGAAACCUAUUUUAGAAGACAUAGAAAAUGGUGGUCCUACUGCAAUGAUGAGGUACUGGAACGACAAAGAUGUUCUACAAAAACUCGGUGAAGCAAUGGGUCUUCCAGUUGCAGGAGAUGCUACUGCUUUUGCUGGAAAUCCAGGAGCCGAUGAAGCUGAAGAAGCUAGUGAGGAUGAGUCUAUUGUUCAUCAAACUGCUAGCGUUGGUGAUGUGGAGGGUUUGAAGAAGGCAUUAGAGUCUGGUGCCGAUAAAGAUGAAGAAGAUUCAGAGGGAAGGACAGCAUUACAUUUUGCAUGUGGAUAUGGAGAGGUGAAAUGUGCUCAAGUCCUCCUUGAGGCUGGAACCAAGGUUGAUGCUUUAGAUAAGAAUAAGAACACAGCCCUGCAUUACGCUGCUGGUUACGGCAGAAAAGAAUGUGUCGCCCUUUUACUUGAUAAUGGUGCUGCUGUCACGCUACAGAACAUGGACGGUAAGACGCCAAUCGAAGUUGCGAAACUUAACAACCAGAACGACGUACUGAAGCUGUUGGAGAAGGAUGCGUUCCUGUAAGGUUAAGGUGGUGGGUGGUUGAUUGUUGGUUGGUGUAAUGUUUGUGUUAAAAAGAGCAAUUGGUUUGAUAUUCAACAAUGGUUCACAUCCCAACUUGUGGUUUUGUUCAUGUUAUGUCAUAUCUUGUGAUAUUUUUUACAUGCUUGACCCCCUUCCAUCU